AUGGCCAAUCCGGACACCUACCUGCGGCAGCCCUGGCGCAUGGUGCACGGCAUCCCCAUGGUCAGCGCCUUUGCCCAUGACUGGGAGCGGGUUGACACCUUCCAGAGCCACCCUGAGGACAUCGUGGUGGUCACCUUCCCCAAAUCUGGCACCACCUGGGUUAGCGAGAUCGUGGACAUGAUCCUGCAAGGUGGCAACCCUGAGAAGUGCAAGCGGGACAUUAUCACCAAGAGGGUGCCCAUGCUGGAGUUCUCUGCCCCCGGGGAGAUGUCAGCAGGGACGGACCUGCUGGCCACCAUGCCCUCGCCCCGUGUGGUGAAGACCCACCUACCCGCACAUAUCCUGCCCAAAUCCUUCUGGGAAAACCGCUGCAAGAUGAUCUACGUGGGGCGCAACGCCAAGGAUGUGGCCGUCUCCUUCUACCACUUUGACCUGAUGAACAAGUCCCAGCCGCAUCCCGGGACAUGGGCCCAAUACCUGGAGGAGUUCAUGGCUGGCAGAGGUGGGACAGGG